AUUGAUUUUAGGGGUGGGCAUCCAAGUGACGCGGCAAGGGUAUUGGAGAGAAAAAGGCAGUCCACUGAGAAAUAUUCACUUGUUACUUAGUGAAAAAGGAAAAAAAAAAAUCCUCAAUUCAUUGAUCGAUCAUCAUUUCAUCAAAAACCCAUGACUAGAAUUUAAUCCAAUUCGAUUUCCCUUCUAUACAAACCCAUUCCCCAUACUCUUGUAUCUCUUCUUGUUUUGUGUCUAUGAUCGGUGUAUAGAUACUGGGAAUAAUAGAUGAUGAAUGGGAGUAGGCCAACGGUGCAUCCGGUGGAGGCACCGCCGUUGAACGAUGGGCCUCUGAACAGGCCGAGAAUGAGUAUGAAGGACGUCCAAGGCAUGCCAGGGACUCACGGUGGCCUCGCGCUUCGUCUUCUUCAGUUCUUGUUCGGUCUUGUCUCUGUCUGCGUCAUGGCCACCACCAGUGACUUCCGCUCUGUCACAGCUUUUUGCUACCUGGUCAUUGCUGUUAGCUUGCAAAUAUCAUGGAGCUUGUCCUUGGCUAUUGUGGAUGCUUAUGCUCUUUUGGUGAGAAGAAGUCUCAGGAAACGAGUAAUUGUUCGACUUUUUGCCAUUGGUGAUGGGAUUACAUCAACCCUUAUAUUUGCAGCGGCCAGUGCAUCUGCUGGUAUCACAGUCCUAAUUGGCAAUGAUCUCGAUAAGUGUUCUAUGAACCACUGCUCUAGGUUUGAAGCUGCUACAGCCAUGGCUUUUAUCAGCUGGUUUGCCAUGACACCGUCCUUUCUCAUGAAUUUCUGGUCAUUGGCUUCCCAUUGAGAAUUGGUUAGAUGGAAUCUUUAGUCUCAGGCGACUAUAUUUUAUUUAACUAUUUUUCUCUAUGGUGUGCCAUGGAGAUUUGAUUGCAACUACUUUGUAGAUGGAUAAAUUUUGUUACAGUUUGGUUAGGGGAGUUUCAUUUUUGAGAUCAGAAAUUAAAGUUUGGUUUUUCUAAUUGCCAGAAAUAUGUAGAAUCUGGUUAGUUAGAAAUUACCAUGACUUGAAGCAUUUAGGAGAAUACAAAUCCUAGUGCUUUUUGCAUAAGCCUUGCCAGUCGACCGUGUCUUUGAGAAGCUUGUGCCAUCUGAACACAAUUUACAUGCAUUAUACAAAGUAGGAAUUCCAGGGUUAAUCGGUGGGUUUACGGUUGCAUAAUAAAUUCUAUGAUGCAAUUCUGUUAUUAGUUACAGUUUCAUGAUAAUUGACGCUGAAUUGUAUACAGUUAUAUGUUUUAUAAUUUUUCAUGGUCAGUUGUAAA